AUGAGCUGUAAUUAUGAUGAAAAUCUUCUAAAUUAUAAUUAUGGUGAUAGUAUACCUGAAAAUUCACUUAUUCCUCUUUAAGAUUAAUUUUAGAAAACACAUAUAAUCAAAGUUUGCUAUAAAAUUGAUUAUUUUAUGAAUUUUGUUUAUCUUAAUCAACAAUAAUAAUAAUAGAAGAAUUUUUCUAGCUAUGAUUGCUAAUAUAAUGGCUUAUCUUUCUAGCUUAAUCAAAAAACAUAAAAAUGUCCUAUCUCUGAUAUUAAAUUUUCUAAAGAAAACCAAAUUGAAAAUUAUGAAAAAAUAGCAAUUGAAAAUAACGAUAAUUAUAAUUUUUUUAUCAAAAGAAAUGAUAAUAAUUCUACUCCUUUAGUAGGAUUAUUUCUUUAAAAAGAUGAAUUAAAAGGAUUGAGAAAAACUGAUCUUAUAUUUGACUCAGUUAGCUUAUGUAAAUUUGAUUAAUAUACACUUUUAUGUGAACAAUAUCAAUUAGAAUUAGCUCAAUAUUCUCUUUAAUUAGAAAAUCAAAUACCUUAUACUCCUUUUUGCAGUUUAAACUAUGAAGAAUUUAGUUCAUAAAAAGAAGAUUUUCAUAUAUUAAUUUAUAUUUUAACAUAAUUAAUUUUUUUCAUUUUUCUUACUAUCCUCUGUCUAGAUAAUAACUUUAAAGAUAUAUAUGCUGUUUAGGCAUUACUUAAUUAUGGAUUGUUUAUCAUAAUAUUUAUGACAGUUUAUAAUUACUACUAUUAUAAUUAUUUAUCAAGAUACCUUAAUAGCAUUGGGUGGAGUUGCUUACUUGAAAGUCCUUUGAAAAGUGAACUUUAAUGGAUAGAGAGUUAUGUUAGCUGUAUUGAAAUAAUAAUAGCUUUAUAAUUCUGUCUUUUUGUCAUAUGUUUUGUUGCUAUUAAACUAAUAGAAAAAGCUUGA